AUGACAGUAAAAUAUUUAUGCGUUGCUGAAAAACCUUCGAUAUCGAAAUCAAUCACCCAGAUCCUCUCAUCGGGCAGCUUCAAUACACGCAGCACUUCGAGCAAAUUCAUAAAAAACUAUGACUUCAGUUAUAAAAUGUCUGGGUAUAACGGUCGCCAGGUAGAUUUCACUGUCACUGCCGUUGCUGGUCAUCUCACCACGGCUGAAUUCCCCAAAGAGAUGCGCAAAUGGCACAGUUGCGAUCCUGUCCAAUUAUUUAAUGGGAGAGUGGAGAUAAGCACAUCAAGCAGCAUGUCUGCUAUAGAGAAUAAUCUCAAAAGUGAAGCUAGACGCGCGAGUCAUCUGAUGAUAUGGACAGAUUGCGAUCGUGAAGGUGAACAUAUUGGAUCAGAGAUUGUGAAUGUAUGCAGACAGGCCAAUCCGAGAAUUGAAGUGAUUCGGGCGAAGUUUUCAGCUAUCAUACCCAAUCAGAUUCAUCACGCUGCUCGUAAUCCUGUUAUGUUGGAUAUGAAGCAGGUUCGCGCUGUUGAGACGCGUAUUGAAUUGGAUUUACGCAUCGGUGCCGCUUUUACUAGACUAAUGACUCUCAAUUUAUCAAAACAGGUGGCGGAGCUCGACGGGAAGCUGAUAUCAUACGGACCUUGUCAAUUUCCAACUUUGGGUUUCGUAGUCGAUCAAUACCAGCGUAUAAAGGAUUUUAUUACGGAAAAUUUCUGGUACAUCUUCCUCUCUAUCAACCAUCGUGAAGAAAAUGGCAGAAAGAAAGCUGUGACAUUCAACUGGAAACGUGAUCGACUGUUUGAUGCUCAGAUUGCCUUCUUGCUGUAUGAGAGAUGCAUCACUAAUCCCACAGCAAGAGUGACCAAAGUGGAGACCAAGCCACACACUAAAUACAAGCCCUACCCUUUGACUACAGUUGAGCUACAGAAAUCUGGAUCUCGGUUGCUAAAACUUUCUCCGAAACAAGUCUUGGAUAUAGCUGAAAAAUUAUAUCAACAGGGCUUUCUUUCAUAUCCACGUACAGAAACAGACCAAUACGAUCCAUCGUUCAACUUCGAAUCGCUGAUAGAAAAGCAGACAGCCAACUCAACAUGGGGAGAAUAUGCACAGUCACUUCAAUUUGAUAGAUUUGAUAGACCACGUAACGGAAAGAAGAACGACAAGGCGCAUCCACCGAUCCAUCCUACCGCCCAUGCACCGUCAUUAUCUGGAAAUGAGAAGCGAGUAUAUGAGUUAAUUACACGCAGAUUUCUUGCUAGUUGCUCCAAAGAUGCUAAAGGAAAGAACACAACCGCUGAGUUAGAGAUGGCUGGAGAGAUAUUUAAAGCGUCGGGGUCUGUCCUGAUUGAGAAGAACUAUUUAGAGGUAUACAUCUACGAGAAAUGGUCAAAUCAAACCAUACCUAAUUUUGAACAGGGUGAGGUAUUUCAGCCGUCUAUUUGCGAAUUAAGAGAGGGUAAAACUACACCACCGACAUUGCUCACUGAAGCUGAUCUCGUCUCUUUGAUGGACAAGAAUGGUAUAGGCACUGAUGCCACUAUUGCUGAACAUAUACACAAAAUUAUCGACAGAGAAUAUGUCAUGGAGCACAAAUUGGGAUCUACCAAGUACCUUGUACCUUCUACGCUCGGCGUUGCACUAGUUGAAGGAUACAAUAAGAUGAAUUUCGACAAGAGUUUCGCUAAACCUCAACUCAGGCGGGAGAACGAGGAAAAGAUGAACAUGAUAGGUGAAGGUAUAGCCCAGAAGAGUGACGUUUUGCUCGAAUCGAUUAAUCAGUAUAGAGAUAUAUACAACAGAUCAGCCCUUCAAUUUGCAACUCUGGUGAAUAGUGUGAAGCACUACCUACAGAAUGCUGAUGCAUUUGAUGACAAUGUCAUUGCGGAGAAUGAUCAAAAUGCCCGAGGCGAAGACGAAGGCGGUGGCGGGUUUGGUGGAUUCAAUAAUAACAACAACAACGACAAUAGCGAUAGCGAUAUGGAUGAUGCACCUCCGCCUCCUCGCGGCAGAGGGCGACCGCGCGGAACGACUAGUCAACGCACGACAGGUGCAAGCAGAACAAGUCGGAGCAAUGGUAACGCAUCUGAAUUCAGAGUAACGCAGAUGUAUGAACCACCAACAAAGUCCAACUCUAAUCACAAAGCUCAACCGCCAAAAGAGGGUCAAGUGCGCUGCAAAUGUGACCUCUCAGCUAAACGAUUCGUCACCUCACAAGGUGCAAAUAAAGGCAGGGCAUUUUGGAAAUGUCCCAAUACUUCAAAGACUGCGCAAUGUGGUUUCUGGUCAUGGGAGGAUUCAAUGGAUAGUCCAAAUACAUCUGCUCAAGUUGUUGAUGAUAGUGAGGAAGAUUUGUUGGGUGAUGAAUUGAUCGCAGAUGAUGAUGGUGAGAUCCCCUACUGCGAUCUUUGCAGUAGGAACGGACAUUGGCCGGCAAGAUGUACCAAUCCGACAACAGGACCUGCACCUAAAUCCACAUCCACUGUAAAAUCCAAGAAGUCAUCGUCCAGCGGUGUCGGUGUUAAUAAUACAAAGAAAGGUGACACAUGUUACAAGUGUAACAAGAAGGGACACUGGGCUAGCAACUGUCCCAACGAAGGCAAACCCCCAGCAAAAAGAAAAACAUAUACCAAGAAAUCAACACAAAAGAAGCAACGCAGAACAUGA